GUUUUUGUUUUCUCUUCUUUUUGUUUCCUGUCGUUUUCUUUGUAUCUUUUGUUUCUCUGCUCUUCUGCUUGACCCGCUUGCAACAUAAAUUCAAACACGCAUGUCCCGCCAAGUCCUCCUGCUGAGUGUCGUGGUAGUGGUACUGGCAUGCUUGAUCAGCCCGGCGUUCGCCGCACCUGCCUGUGGUAAUGGCGGUGUGUGCAUUUGCAAUUCCAACGGUCUGAUUGACUGCGGCACCAAUGGUUUGACGACCAUUCCUGAUUAUUCCACGGUUCUGCCGAAUCCAAAGUCAAUCUACAUGUGUUGCAACCCGCUCUCGUUCAUUGCCGCCAACGCGUUUAGUGGACUUUUGAGCAUUUCCGGCUCGGGCACCUACUUUACAGAACUAUACUUGGACAAGAAUGCUAUCAUCGAUAUUAGCACCAUUGCUAGUUGGGGUCUUCCGGCUAAUUUGCAGAUCAUGUGGUUGAGCACCAAUCGAAUCACCACUGUUCCUGCGAUGGGAGGCGCCACGUCGUAUCCCAACCUUGUUACCUUGAAGCUGGAUGGUAACCAAAUCACCUCCAUUUCGCCCACUGCGUUUACAGGCUUAACCAAGUUGGCCACGCUAGCUCUCAACAAUAACAACCUCACAACCCUGCCGCCUGGGCUGUUCAAAGGGCUGCUUACGACCUUGAGCGUUGAUUUUACUUCCAACUUGUUUGUUGGCACUCCUCCAAGCACUUUCAAAGAUACAUCGAACGUCAUUCGGCCUUGCGAUCCGGCAUGCUCCACUUGCUUUGGCAACACCCGCAGCUCGUCUAAUUGCUGCCCAGCAAACUGCCUGUCUUGCACGAGCGCGACAGUUUGUUCCACCUGCUACAGCGGCUACAGUCUUGUCGGGAGCAACUGUCUCUAUUCGGCAGCAACCGCUUCAUCGGCGUCGGCUGGGUUGGCCAGCGCUGCCUCGUCUGCAUCGGUUGCCAGCACGAGCGUUGCAUCAGUGGCGACUGUGGCCUCCGUCGCAGCUGCAUCGGCGGCGAGCGCUUCGACCUCUGUGGCUGCAGUGGCUGCCUCGUCGGCCUCGUCUGCCGCUGUCGUGGCUGCCUCGUCUGCGUCGGAUGCGGCUGCAGAAGCGGCCUCGUCUGCCUCGUCCGUCGCCGCGGUCGUUGCCUCCGAGUCGCGCCAGUCUCUCGACAGCAUUGCAACGGUGCUCGCGCAUCAAUCCUCCGCUGCCAGCGCCGCAUCACAGGCAUCGUCUGCCUCGUCUGCGCAUGCCGUCGAGACUUCGCUGGCGUCUGCUGCGUACGCAUCUGCGGCCUCGGCGGCUGCAGCUGCAUCGGACAGCCUGCCAGUCUGGCUGCCAGCGGCGGUCGUCAUUCCCAUCGCGUUUAUUGGCAUUCUGAUUUUGAUUCUUGUUGUGCGUGCCCUCAACCGCAACAAUCGCAAAGCAGCCGCAACAGCCGAGAUUGCAGAUCAGGAGGUGUACGAUCAAAUCCACCCCAUGACGAACGUCCCGCCCGUGCUCUUCCACAAUCCCACAUUCGACCCCUCGCAAGAUUCCGCGCACACGCAGACAUAUGAUCACUUGGUGGGUCGCACGGAGCCAUCGUCCGCUUACGCGUCGAUGAUGGGCUCGACGACGGAUACGGUGCCAGCAGCAGAGCCCGUCUACGAGUCCUCCGCGCCCGUAUACGAUGACCUUUCCCCCAACCGCCCGAAAAAACCUGAGAACCCAGAGGGGUCCACCAAUUAUGCCAACGUAGAUCAUUCGGGCUGAUGUGUUCCAUGCGCUGGCGCUGUGAAAUGAAAGCGAGUUGCUGUUGUCGUUGUUGUUGGUGGUGUUGUUGAUGUUGUUGUUGUCUUUGCCCGUGCGUUUCGGUGUUGAACGUUGUGCUGUUUGGCAUGAUUCUGUCGUUUACUUGUUGGAAUGGAUGUGUUAGAUAUGUGUUAUGCGUAGAAUUUGGUUGUGUCAGUCUUCAAU